UAUUUUUGUAGAUUCUUUGUUUCAGUUUUUUUUCAUUUUCAAUCGCUCGCUUAGAUCCCUAAAUUUUGUUUUUAAUUAGCUGGCCAGUGUCAAACAUAUAACACUUUACCGACAUUUACCAACUUAUUAUUUUAACCAUAGAAACGUUUUUCUAUUAUUUAAUCUUUUAGCGUUAAAAAAAUAUAUCAAAUAAUUAAAAUCAUAAAAAGUAGAAGUAGUUUUGUAGUUUGCUCCAUAAAAAUUAUUUCAGCAACAUUACGUUACAAAAAAUUAAAAUUUCCAUUCUUUUAAAAUGUCUUAAACAAAACAUAGUAUAAUAAAGCAAGUAAAUAUUCGAAACUUAGGCUAUGAGAACGAAACAAUCUACCAGUCUGCCGCCAAUCACCAAAAGUAAAUAUUAGACGAAGUAUAUUGAUGAUGUCGAAGAUGAUAAAGAAGUGUGGAAAUCCAUAAGGCAACUUAUAAUAAUCAAGUACACAGCUUUUAGACUCGUUGACAAUAGAGAUAUUUCUCUUGACUCUUAAAUUUUCACAAAUUCUGUUCACAUCUAUAGUUGUCAUCUGUACUUAACUGUCAUUUAGACGAUGAAUUUGAUUAUAGUUGAUUGGUAAUGAACUCUGUAAGACGUACAUAAUUCUUUAUUAGUUAACUUGAGGAUAGAAAUUAACGUUUAUCGUAGAAGGCUGAAGUUCUCUUGAAGCUAUCAUUAUCCACUCUUACUUGAACAAAGGCAACAUAUUACACAUUGUGCCUAUUGCAUCUGGUAAUAACUGAGUUGACAAUUUCUCACACAAGACACAUCGAGAUACAUGAAAAAUAUGAAAAACUGAAGAAUGAUUUAAUAGAGGAAGUACAACAGUGGUUAUCUAACCUAAAGAAAUAUUCCAACAUUAAUUGAAAAAUGAAUGGAAAAUUUAGCACAGUUGAUGUAAAUAUUCACCACAUGUUAUAUGCUUGAGUUGAUUCAUAUAAAUUCAAGGAUUAAAUCUUGGAGAAGAAAUCUGUCCUCAAACAUAGUUGAAAGAUGUUAUGUAUAACCGAGACAAAAGUACAAAUAUUUUCACAUAUUUAUGUCAGAUAAAAUAGACUGUAUUAUCAGUAAGUUUUGAUCUCCUGACUAUUCAGUAGUCUAGCAUGUUAAUCACAGUGUCUCUUUGCCUUCUAACCACACAAUUUAUUUUCACAAAAUUAUAUAGUAAUAAUAAAAAGGAAUAAUAUUUUAUGACUGACAAAUCACAUUAUGGAGGAGAGACUGUCUGAGAAUCGGGUUUAUAAGGAAACACAAUGUGAGAAUAAUGAGUUUUCUCACCAAACUGAAGGAGAUGUAGGGAAGAAAUCAUACCACUGUGACAUCAAAGGAAAGACAUUCAUGAAAAGUAAGGACCGCAAUGAAGACAAACCAUUUCAAGCAAGUUCAAAUGUUUACUGUUCUAAAAUAUGUGGUAAAGGAUUCAUCAGAAGUUGUUCUGUAUCUCCACAUCAGUGUACUGAGACAUGUGAGAAACAAUAUCACUGUGGUAUAUGUGGUGAAGCAUUUUCUUGGAAUGAAGAUGAACAUUCAGCUAGUCAUGUAUGCACUCAUACAGGGGAAAAAUCAUACUGUUGUGAAUUCUGUGGCAAAACAUUUGCUUAUAUUGGAAUUGCAAAUACCCACAAACGUACACACACAGGUGAGAAACCAUUCCACUGUGAUAUCUGUGGGAAAGUAUUCUCUCGUAAGGGUAUCUUAACUGUUCACAAACGUACACACACAGGUGAGAAACCAUACCACUGUGAUAUCUGUGGUAAAACAUUCUCUCGUAAUAGCCAAGUGAUUGUUCAUAAGCGUAGUCAUACAGGUGAGAAACCAUACCAAUGUGAUAUCUGUGGUAACAAAUUUUCUAUGCAUGUACAUUUAGUUAAUCAUAAACGUACUCACACAGGAGAAAAACCCUUCCACUGUGAUAUCUGCGGUAAAACAUUCUCUCGUAAUGCUGAAUUAACUAUUCAUAAACGCAGUCAUACAGGUGAGAAACCAUACCAAUGUGAUAUCUGUGGGAAAACAUUCCCUCGUAAAAAUACUUUGACUAUUCACAAACGUACUCACACAGGGGAGAAACCAUACCACUGUGAUAUAUGUAGUAAAACAUUUUCUUGUAAUAGUGACUUGACUGUUCACAAACGUAUUCACACAGGUGAGAAACCAUACCAUUGUGAUAUCUGCGGUACAACAUUUUCUCGUAAUGAUAAAUUAACUAUUCACAAACGUAGCCAUACAGGUGAGAAGCCAUUUUCCUGUGAUAUCUGUGGUAAAACAUUCUCUCAGAAGCCUAGUUUAACUUCUCAUAUACUUACUCACACAGGUGAGAAACAGUACCCUUGUGAUAUCUGUAGUAAAAGUUUUUCUACAAAUUCUAAUUUAACUAUUCACAAACGUAUUCAUACAGGUGAGAAACCAUACCAUUGUGAUAUUUGUGGUAAAAAGUUUUCUCGCAAUUUUCAUUUGACUAGACACAUAAGCAUUCACACAAUUUAAAAACUAUAAUACUAUAAAAUCUGAUAAUUCAGUUUCUAAUGAUGGUAAAUCGACUGUUCAUAUACCUACCUACACAAGUAAGAAACCUUCGUUUCUUACCUGUGAGUUGCUUUGUGAAAAUAUUCCCUUAAUUGUUCAUAUAUAACUUGAGAAUUGAUACCACAGGGAAUUCUGUGGUCAAACAGUCUCUCAGAAUGUUAAUUUGACUUGAUAGACAUAUUUACAUCAUCCAUAUCAUCAUUGUUAUUGUUUCAAUGCCAGAUUUACCAUGCUUUCAUGGGUCAUAUCGAAUUCAUUGAUCAAAUUUUCUAUGGCUGGAUGCCCUUGUUUUCACUAACCCUCACCUGUUAGUAUUUCAUCAUGGCUGGACAUGUUUUCAUGGAAGAUUGGAAAUGAAAGACACCACUUGUAUGAUAGUAGUGCUUGUUUGUAAUUGACACCAAAUGUCCAGACAAGUAGAGACACACACAUAUGCAUAUGUAAAUAUAUAAUAAUCUUCCAGUUUCUAACUACCAAAUCCACUCAUAAGGCUAUCGUAGGUUUGGAGUUAUAGGAGAAAACACCUGCUCAAUGUGUCGCAGUGGGACUGAACCCAAAACCACCGUGUAAUAAAUCAAACCAUUGAGUAAGCAUUUCCCUGAUAUCUAUGGUUAAGUUAUUUGAAAGAUUAGGUUGGUUAAUCACAAAUUAAUCCACUCAGGUAAAAAAGCAAACCCUUGAAUUCUAUGGGUAUACAUUGCCUCAGAAUGCUCAUUCAGUACAUGAUAUAUUCAUGUAUAUAAUAACCAAACCAAUGUGAGAUUUGAGGGAAAACAUUAUCUCAGUACUAAUUUAAUUAGUCACAAAUAUACUUAAAACUCAAACUUCAUUGAAAAAUAUUAUCACAAAAUUAUAUCAAACCACAGAAAAGUAGUUGGGGAGAUGUACUUCAGUAGAAUAUUUAUCAUCAUCAUCGCUUAAUGUCCACUUUCCCAUGCUUAUAUGGGUCAAAUAGAACUUGUUGAGGCAGAUGCUCUUCCUGUCGCCAACCCUCACUUGUUUCCAAGCAAGGUAAUAAUUUCCCCGUAGCCAGACAUGUUUUCAAGGAAGACUGGAAAUGAAGGACACCCUUUGUAUGCUGGUGACACUUGUCUACAACCAUUGUGAUGUCCAAACAAGUGGACACUAACACACACACACACACAUUUAUGAUAGACUUUCAGUUUCCAUGUACCAAAUGCACUCACAUGGCUUUGGUUGACUCAGGGCUAUAGAAGAGACACUUGCCCAUGGUGCCAUGCAAUGGGACUGAACCCAAAACCAUGUAGUUAGAAAGUAAAUUAAAUUACAUGGCUCCCACCCUCUGGGAAAAUGGCUAAUGUGAGAAUUUAUGCAUUUUGAUUGUGAAAUACUAUAUCAUUUCAGAAAUUUUUGUCAUAUUUGUAAUUUUAUUGGAAAAUUACAAAUACACAGCUGUCAUAUUUAGCAUCAAUUAUUCUUAUAAGUUUGUCAUGCAACACAUCUCUAGGGGUGAGAACCUUUUUGAAAACAUCCACACACUGAUCUUUUCUUCUCAUUAAAAUAUAUAUUUUAUAUUUUUCAAGUGAUUAAAUUUUAACUUUUAUGAAAGACAGUAAUUUCAAUUUAAUUAUUUAAACCUUGUCUCAGAAUCUGCAUUUUAUACACACACACAGAGUUUUAAAAUUAGCAUUAGAAAUAUUUGGUUGAUAUGUUUCCUAAUUAUUUAUUUGAGAAUGAUUUGAUUACAAACUCACAAUUAUCAGUUUUGCUGCUACGAGCAUUUAAAAAUUCAUUGUAAGUGCUUUUUUCUGUGAUUUAAUAAUACUGGAAUUAUGUUUGGUGGGUGCUUAUGUUCAUAGCUGCCUUUUAUUCUCUAUUAGAGUUUGCCAAAAUAUAUUAUCCUCUAUUUAAGACACAUACAAAAACAGUAGAAAUAAUGAGUUGCAGUUAACUUGGCAAAGGCAGAGGUCAAGAAACUAAAUUUACCUCAGUUAUAAAGACUGUGAGAACUUCUAUAAUUUCUGUUUAUAUAUAUCAGAAAAGGAUCAAAAGCCCUUCAUGAGCCAUAAGCUCAUAAGGCUAGUUUCCCAGAUUCUAUUGCGUAUACAUUCCCCACUGGAUGGACACCAGUCCAUUGCAGGGUUUCUCAUUUUAGCAGUUGAGUGGACUAGCACAAUAUGAAAUGUGUUUUGCUCAAGAUUCUAAUGCAUUGCCCACUCCAGUGAUUGAAAUCACGAUAAGUUUUCUUAGAUACCAAUUCAAUUAAUAAACAUUAAAAGCUGAUUGAGCAACUACUUUUAAACUAAGUGUAUAGUUGGAUGAAAUGGUGAUUGUAAUGGAACAAAAUAUAGGUGGGCAGGGCAAUAAGGAAUAUUUACUGCAUUUUUGAUUUUAAGAAAAAAGAAUUUUUUACAAAUGUUCGUUACCUUACAAAAACUGUAUCAGCUAAGCAAAUGUCAUUCUCUAUAUGCAUUAAAAAAAUUUUCAUAAAAUUAUCGCCAUUCUCUUUGAGCUUAUAAAAGACAAAUUCAGCUGGGACAAAAUGAAUAAGCCAAGAUAAGUCAAAUUUGCGUCUUCAGUUUUCCAGAAUAACAUUUGUAAAACGAUUUAUAUAUGUCAAUAUUCUUAAACAUCAGAAAGAUCAGAAAUGCUGCAAAAUUUUAAAAUAUUUAAGUCAUGAAACUGGAUCAUGGAAAAAUGGUACCUGAUAUGGAAUUAACAAAACUUGACUAAAUCUAAAAGUUCAACAUAAGAUAUUCUCUAUAACUUCACAAUCUGCUUGAGUGGCUCUCUUCCCAAUACAUUUACACAUCAGGAAAUUAAAGAAAAUAAAUUAUUGAAAUUAGUCAUCACUCAUUUUGCUCCAUUUUAGACAUCAUCUUUUGAAAAUUAUUAAAUUAAACAUUAGUGUAGAAAAAAUUGAUUUGGAAUCCAACAGAGAAAAGAAUAUUGAUUGUUAGGCACCAAAAAUUAUCCAAGUAUUUUAUUAGGAACCUCAAUUACAACUGGCUCAAAUUUGAGGAAAAAUUUCUUGAAAAAAAAAGUACCUGACUUUGUUUCAAAUUCUCAACUUCAGCAACAACUAUGCUGACCAGUUUUUACUCCCAAGGAUAAUGCAACAGUACAAAAUGAUGAUGCAAUACUUGCAAUGUAAUGGUUUCAAACAGGUAAGGGGAAAAUAACGAGAAAUCAGAAAUUACGCAUUUUACCCCAGUUACCAAUCUUGCCCACAACCACCGCAAUUAAGAAUGAAGUGAAGAUGAUUUAGAACAUAAAAAUAAAUCGGAACCCGAGCAUGGCCUCAGACUCUGGCCAAAAGAAUCAUAGUUCAGUUUUAAUUUAAAAGUGAGAAAGAUAUAAUAAAAGUCUUCAAGCUGAUUCAUCAUCAUCUGGUCAAGCUUGCUUGGACAUUUUUAACCCAUGCACACCAUCUAUCUUGGUCCUGCAUUAGUUGAGGAAGGCAUUCAGUGUCGCUGGUGAGUUGAUCUACAUACAUUGUAUUCAGACCAACUCAAGUACGAUCAGCACCUGUUUAGCUCACUAGCAAUGACCUGCAAAGUACAAGCAGAUCUCCAUACAGCUGUUUAUUGGCGAGAUGUGUUCCCCAAGAUAUGUUUAAGACUGCUCUUAAUAUUUGGGUGUAAGUUCCAUCUAACUUGGAUGCCAGUUUCUCAAUAAGCAUCGGGCUGUUGCUCCAUAUAAAAGGACUGAGUCUACUAUUUAUUGGAAAAAAUUCCUCCUAAAGUUGUCUGACACGGUUGAUUUUUCAGAUAACAUCCAGUUUGUUUAAGGUCAACCAUGCUUUGGCUGUCCAUGUUUUUACAUCCUCUUCAGUUGAGGCUUUCUCAGAACGGAUGUGCAUGAAAUCAUCAACUUGACUGAUAGUAUCUCUGCUGCUUUUGGUGAUGGAUCCUUGUUGAACAGUGCCUUAAACACUGAGUCUUACAAUACUUUUGAAGGAGUGAACAGUGACCACAAAAUUUCGUCCUGUCUCACAUACAACUGGUCAGUUUUAACGAACAACAGUGACCAUAAAAUUUCAUCUUGACUUGCAUAUGACUAGUCAGUUUUAACAAACAACAGAGAAAUCUGCAAUCAAUACACCAUAGCAGUUAGAAACAGAUUUGAGCUACUACAAAAUGAAAUUAAAGAAAACCCCUACAACACAGCAUACAAUAAUUUUGUAAUGUGUCACACAGAAGUUGCAAAAAAAAAAAAAGGCCAUCAGACUAAGAACUAACAAACGACUUCCCUAGGAUGACCUAGAGAAAGCACCUCCAAGCUAACAAGCACAAUACUGAUGAGAAACCUCAAUACUUUUAGUCUAUGCUGCUAACAUUAUUUAUAUAUCUAACUCUUGCUAACAAUAUAAGUAGCAUACUCUGCUUAGGCAUUAGAAACCACGAAAGAAAAGAAACAAGGACUUAUAGAAAACCUGCAACUAAGAGAUAAAUUUGUUUGUCAGAUCUGAAU